UUUUACACUGUCUCUUGCACAAUUUAUUCUACGACAAGACGACAAGUUAUAACAAAAGCAGCGAGAAGAAGCUUAAAGAGGUUCCACAAAACGACUUUGACCAUUCUUUCACGACAGAGCAUUAUUAUUAUCAUUACAGUUUUUUUUUUCAUGGGCAAUAGCAAAUGGAGCACCUCGUCUUGGCCAUAAAUGAGAAAGCGCGCAUGUACUUUCCAAUUAGCAUUCUUCGAAGCCUCUCUGAGCUUCAACCCAGUCGCAGACACGAGAAAAUAAAAAAGCUCCAAUGGAAAAGUGCCGAGCGCUCCUUUCACUCUGAACUGCUGGAGGGUGAAAGAAUAUAUGGCAAAGGCCAGUAAACACUAAAUAGUUUUAUCGUUGUAAAGAAGAUGUAAAAAAUCAGUACCAUUUUGAAUAAGCGCCCUUACUUGUUAAUUAAAUGAUUGAUUGAAAGAUACUCGAGCUGACAUCACACUAACAUCACUCUUCAUGUCGAAAAAUCUAUGGCAAUAUAGGUGUUGGGAAAGACAGAUUUCAGUAAUAUGCCAAUGGGGUCCAAUGGCCCCCUGAAAUUUCUUUUCAAUGACUCUGGGGGGAUACACAAGGAGGUCGCAGAAUUGAGGUCGUUGGAUGUAGCGCAGGUACCGUUCCAAGCAGUAUGUAUAAGAUUUUUACUCUUCCUUUUAUUUUUUAUCGAUCAAGGCCACUUGACUUUGUGAUUUACCGUUAAUCCAAGGGAAUUACUUGAGAGAAAAAUGAUAUAUAAAAGAAAAUAAGACAAAACAAGAACGACAACUUGUUUAUAACUGAUAAGAAUUUAUAAUUGAUACCUGCAUCAAAUUAUAACAUUGAACAAUUAAAUAUAAUUGUCGCCAAUUUGGCUGAUUGAUUGAUUGGCGGCUAGAUGAUGAUAGUUUUACGUGCUAGUCCAACAGCGAAAUUGCCGCCAUUUGAUGAUGGUCCACUGGUAAGAAUUGAGGAUGAGUUGGUACAUUAUUUUCUUAUUUGUUGUCUAUCUAAUGGAUGGAGCCGAGUGCGGAGCCCGAUUAUAUAAUGCGGAGCAAAAGAAAAAUUCAACUGUAAGACCGGAAGUUGUACUUCCAAAGGACUAUAUCAAGGAAAUUCGACCAUCUGUUGCGAAAGGUGGCCCAGUGGUUGUGGACUUCAAUCUCUUCAUCGUAGAUAUAAAUUCAAUUAAUGUUGAAGAUAUGGAUUUUCGAGUGGACAUGUUUAUACGACAGAGUUGGAUGGAAUCGCGCCUGAAUAUACCGGACGAUAUAUUUGAGGAAGGCGAUGAUUACGUCACCCUUCCACCCGAAUUUUUCGACAACCUUUGGCAGCCUGAUCCCUAUUUUCUAAAUUCGAAAAUCGCUGAAAUUGCUACUCUGACUCACAAAUUCUCGUCAGUAACCCUCUUUAGAAAUAAAACAGUAAGAUACGCAGCUCGAAUGCAUGCUAUUGUAGCCUGCCAAAUGGAAUUUCAACUGUAUCCCAUGGACAUACAAGUGUGUCCCAUAUAUAUCGAGAGCUUCUCGUACAACAGUGAAAAGCUACGUCUCCGGUGGGAGGGCGAUGACGGGGGUGUGAGUGUAAACCCAGAGCUUAAGCUUCUCCAAUACGACUUUGGUAAACCACGAUUAUCGGAGGAAACCAAUCACAUACCCGAGAAGAAUGGCAAAUUCUCAAGACUCAUUGUUUUUUUUAAAUUUGAAAGACAAAUUGGUCACCACCUGAUCCAAACAUUUGCCCCAUCAACACUAGUGGUGAUGCUAUCAUGGUUCAGCUUCUGGCUGGGUCUCGAUGCCAUACCGGGUCGUGUGACACUUCUCGUUACAAGUAUGCUUACCUUAGUAACAAUGUUUACUGGAUUAAAGACUGAUAUUCCACCGGUUGCUUAUGUCAAAGCCCUAGAUUUAUGGAUGGCUGGGUGCAUGGUGUUCGUAUUUGCUUCUCUCAGUGAAUUCGUUGUGGUCAAAGUUCUGGACUUGAGGCGUCAACAGUCACUGGACACAGCUGUUAAUUAUCAUCGUCAAUUGACAACUAGACUAGCCUCAAGCUCAUCGGUAUGGGAUUACGAGUCUAUAUUUGCGCCACAACCACCACAACCACCACAACCCAGGAAAACAAGAGCAGGGAGUAAGCAUUUAUUGCAAACCACUUGGCUUGAUCCAGAGAUUUUAGGGAAACCUAAAAAAACUCUUUCCCGAAAAAUAGAUGGUUACAGUCGGAUUAUUUUUCCAACAUUAUUUCUAUUGUUUAUUACCUUGUAUUGGCCGAUUGUUCUCCUAAAAAAAAAAGUCCCGUAAAUUUUGAUUGAACAGAUGCCAAUGAUAUUUAAUUAAUAAUUUGUAUAAUAAUAAAUUGUCAAAUACAAAUGUUUAAUUGCUUUAAAAAAUU